AUGACUCCUCCCCCGGCCGUCUCCCUGCCCCUCUCCGUCCCCAAGCGGCUGGCCCCCCUUUGCAUUGGUUUGAUUUCGGCCUGCCUGCGCCUUAAUCUUCAUUCGUCUUCAUCCUUGCGCAUCGUCGUCUUCCGCCUAUCGCCUGGUGCUCAGGCAGAGGGAGACGGGCGAAGGAAGCAUGAAGAUGGUCCGGCGACCCAGCUGGCCGGGAGGUCGCCAAGCAAGGGACAUUCAAUCCUACAUCUCGCGAGCGUUCCUCUACUUCGCUCCGCUGAGCAAGAUGGUGUUCAUCCUCGUGGACAACCAGCCUUGGCUGACGACGAAGCAGUCUCGAUCCGCGAGGCUGUGGCAGUUCAUGGUCACCAAGGUAAGUACAGGAUGUCUCCGUUUGCGAAUUCGCGGGCGCUGCUUCAUCACAAUCAAGAAAAGCAGGCGGCGGCUGAGGCAGCAGCAGCCGCCGCCACCGCCACCUCUGCAGCGGGAGAGAGCUCCGACACGAUGCGGCGGUGGUUCGCGCUGGCGGCGGACCUGAGCAGGGCGCUGCACGGCUUCCUGGUGUUCGAGGUGUCGUGGCGCGACGUUCACGGCAUCAACUACUUCAACGAGCUGCUGACCGACACGUCCCUGGCGCUGGAGGCGCGCUACAUGAACAAGUGGGAGUUCUACAGCGCGGAGCAGGCGGCUGGCUGCAUGCACCUGUGGUUCCUGGGCCGAGCCUCCGAGGCGCGGGCUCUGCGGGGCUACCUCUCCGCGCUGCACACGCACUCUGACCCCAGCGAGCAGCUGGAGGAGUGCAGCAGCGCGCUGCGCCGGACGUGCUCCUCCUCCUCCCUCACGGCCGUCUCCGAGGACGACGACGACGACGACUUGGACGGUGCUGCUGCAGCUGGCAGUACUAGUAGUGCCCGAUCUCGAUCUGACAGCGGCAUCAGCAUCUCCCCGUCCCCGACCCCGACGACGGCUAGGGCCAGGGCCAGGGCCACCAGCAGGUGGGCGCGCGCCGCCGCCGCGGCGGAGGUCCCGUUCGUGGCCCCGGCGCAGUACAGCGACACGCUGAUCCUGUUCCGGUUCAGGGACAGCCUGCUGCCGCUGAAGCUGCGGCAGAUCAUCAUGUCGGACAUCCGGCUGCUGACGCUGCUGGAGUCGGGCCUGCCGUCCUGGGUCAUCUUCUUCCAGUCGUACCCGCUGCUGUGCCAGCUGUACCGGCCGUGGAUGCGGCCGCUGGUGCGGAGCCUCUACCUGCUGGCGUCGCUCGUCACCGUCCUCAUCGGCUUCUACGACCUGUACAAGAACGUGCCGCUGCUCAAGUCUGCGGCGGCGCGCAUCUGCGGGCCACUCUUCGGGUGGAUCGAGACGUGGGACAUGAUGACCAGGAUCCAGUACCUGGGCACCAUCCUCUUCCUGCGCAACCUGCGCAAGUGCCUGCAGAGCCUCCUGCCGCUGCUGCGGGCGGCGCGCGCGCUGGUCCGCACGGUGGCGGCGCCGCUGGCCGAGGCCGCGUGGCCCCUGCUGGCAUCCUGCGGCCAGCUGUGGGGCCUGCUCGGCGAGGGCCUGGCGCCGGCGUGGGCGCUGCUGGUGGACCUGGCGGAGGUGCUGUGGGCGCCCUUCGACCUGGUCCUGGACAACGUGGCGGGGUGCCUGUGGCCGCUGCUGCAGGUGGCGCUGCUGCCGGUGAGAGGAGCGGCGGCGCUGGCGGGCUGCGCGGGCUCGCUGCUGUCGGCCACCUACAACUUCUCCAAGGACAUAUGGGAGACCAUGAGCAGCAUCUUCGAGCUCAACCACAUGUCGGAGGCGCAGCAGAGCGGCUUCGACAUGUCGCAGAUAAAGACGCUCUGGAACGAUCUCUUCUCGCAGAUCUUCCGCGCCAUCAGGGGCAUACUCAAUGGCAUCUUGGUGUUCUUUGCAUCCUGCAACAGGCACAGGCUCAGCAUCUACAACCAUGCGCAGUCCAGGUUGCGGCACAUGCUUCGCGUCGCUAGACUGCAUCAGGCGGCGCCGCAUGCGCACUCGUCGUCGUCGUCGCCGUGUCGAUGCAAGCAGCAGAGGCCCAGACGCCGUCCUUCGGGGCGCAACGCUGAGGAUGAUGCAGUGGCGGAAUGUGACAGGUGCAAGUCAUGA